AUCAGUCAGGUGUGGCAUUGCUCUGUCUCACACAGAGGGGAGCUGAAGAGUUUUACAGAGGAUAAUCUUGUGCUGAAGGUAACGUAAAAGGAAAAUCUUUUUUGUUUAUUUUUUUUCUUGAGGAACGUCGAGGAAUUUUUCCAGCUUUACAAUUAUUGAGGAAGCUUAAGUGAUUUCCUGUGGACUUCUGGUCCCUUGAACCUUGCCAUGAGAAACGAGCUGCCCUGAAGCCAGAUUCCAUGCAACGAAUUCCUCAUCACGUGAAACCAAUGGACCCUCAGGUGUGUCCCCUCCCUCUGAACAGCAGCCAAUCGGUGAUCAGCCUUGAUCGAUCCCCUGCCAGCACAUUCAAACCUGGCCACUCACGCAGCAGCAGCACUGGCUCCUCCAAACAAUCGAAGCAGUCUCGUAACUGGGAGGUGUUGGAUGACCUGCAGCAUCUGGAUCUGUCCGCUGUUCCCGGUUCCUCGAUGGACCUCAGUAUCCCUGGGAUCUGUGAGGGCUACUUGAUGAAGAGAAGGAAGUACCCCCUCAAAGGCUGGCACAAAAGAUACUUCCUUUUGGAGAAAGGAAUUCUCAAGUACUCAAAAACCCAGCAAGAUAUUCAGAGAGGGAAGCUCCAUGGCUCUCUGGAUGUCAGCCUGGCUGUCAUGUCAAUCAACAAGAAUUCCAAACGCAUAGACCUGGACGCUGGAGACAACCUCUACCACCUCAAGGCAAAGAGCCAUGAUAUCUUCUACAUCUGGUUGACCAAGCUGUGUGCCCAUCGCGUUUUUAGGAAAAACGAAGCAAUGAGUGUCCAUCACGGCGUCCUUCAUGCUCUGUCCAUGGGCCAGAGUACCCUGCCAGCCAUGGCCAGCUUUGCCCAGACAAACAGAGCAACGCCUCCUCACUUUGCCAGCUCAGCUUCCAUGUUCCAAGCAGAGAUGGGAAGCCUCGCCCCUGCCAUUGCCUCCCACCCAGGGGUGACCCGCAAGGUGUCAGACUGGCUGCAGCAGACACACGACAUUGAUGGAACUACUAACGACCUGGCUCGUUGUCAGACAGAGCUGACCGAACUGGCUCAGCUAAUCCAGCGACUCCACUGGCUUGAAGGAGGCCUGCCAAUCACUAACACAGACCUGGACAUGCGAAUCAGCAUGCAGAAUCUCUCCCUGGAGAAACCCAAGAAGAAGACAGGGAAAGUGUUUGGUCACUCCAGGACUUUGUCCCGAGUUGAAGCCAUGGGGGGAAUGUUCACCUCCAGCCACCUGAGCACCCAUCCCACCUCUGGUUUGGGGGCGCCUGUUCAGUCUAUCCCUGGCUACGUCUACUCUCAGCUGUCCAACCCUCAGGUCACCUCACCCGAGGCCAAGAAGCUCCACCAGGACAUCUGCACUGUUUCUCAGAGGGUUCAUUCUUCUCUCAAGUCCAUUCAUGAUGUUUUAUCCUUGGAGAGAGAGAGACUGCGGCAGGCUUGGACCGGCCCUGACCUGAAGCAGAACACCUCCCAGCAGCUCGCUACACUGUGCAGCACACUGUCGGAGCUUGACAUACAGUCACGUCUGACCAAAGUCCACUCGCUUUCCCUGUCCUCUGACUCUACUGAGGAAUCCUUCUGCACUGUCCGUCCAGACCAGAGAACGCCAUCCAUGGGUCGUCACAGUCACCGUGCGCCCUCAGUGGCAGAUUCCAUGGCAGAGUAUUUUGACGCCAGUGAGGUGAUCGUGUGCGAGAGCUCAUCGGAGGCCGAGGCUUCGGAUGAGUCGGGCCUGAGUGACAUCACCACCACCAGCAACUCUGAGCCAGAAGAGGGACACACCACUGCCACCCUCAACUACAGAGCCAGUCUGAACAACACUCCUCAGAGACCCAGCCCAGCACCCACCGAUACUGGUCGUCGCACCGCCCUUCCUGCCCCAGCAGCUGACAACAGCCACAUUGGCAUCAUGACCAUCCUGUACAACAACAUCGGCAAGGACCUGUCCAGAGUCUCCAUGCCAGUCGCUCUGAACGAGCCACUGUCUCUGCUGCAGAGACUCAGUGAAGAGCUGGAGUACUCUGAGCUGCUCGACAUUGCCAGCCGCAUUGACGAUCCAUAUGAGCGAAUGGUUUACGUGGCCGCAUUCUCCAUCUCUGGCUAUGCCUGGGCGUCCUGGAGGUUUCGCUCCAAACCCUUCAAUCCUGUUCUCGGAGAAACAUACGAGAGUCACAGAGAAGACCGAGGCUUCCAAUACACCAGCGAGCAGGUCUGCCAUCACCCACCUAUCUCUGCCUGCCAUGCAGAGUCAGAAAACUUCACUUUCUGGCAAGAUCAGAGAUGGAAGUACAAGUUUUGGGGGAAAUCAGUGGAGAUCCUCUCUUCUGGAAUGGUCAAUGUUGCCCUGCCCAAGUAUGGUGACCACUAUGAAUGGAACAAGGCAGUGACAUGUAUCCACAAUGUGCUGAGUCCGCAGCGCUGGUUGGAACACUAUGGUGAGGUGGUCAUUAGAAACAUGAAGAGCGACAUCUGCACCUGCAAGAUCACCUUCGUCAAGUCUCGAUACUGGACCUCAGAUAACAGUAAGAAUGAGGUGCAAGGUGUGGUUCUGGAUCGGGCUGGAGAGGUUGUCCAUCGCUUUGGAGGCCUCUGGCAUGAAGGAAUCUUCUGCGACACCCUUCCUACACCAAAGUGCAUCUGGAAGCCCAACGUACAGCCUGAUGAUCACUCCCAGUUCUACGGCUUCUCACAGUACGCCAGAGAGUUGAAUGAACUGACACCGGACCUGAGGGCUGUUCUCCCACCUACUGACACCCGAUUCAGACCAGACCAGAGGCUUUUGGAGGAGGGGAAGGUCGCAGAGGCAGAUAAAAAGAAGGAUGAGGUGGAGGAGAAGCAGAGGGAGAGGAGGAAGGAGAUGGCCAAGAGAGGGGAGGAGCACACCCCCAGGUUCUUCAGGAAAACUGUGGACGAGGCCGGCAGAGAGGUUUGGCUGCACAACGGAACCUAUUGGAAGCUCCGCAAAGAGCCCGGAUUCUCCAUCACGGAGAACCUGGACCUGUGGUGAAACACAGCACCAGCUGUAUUGUGAGGCCCAAUCACAGCAGCCACACAUACACGCCUGCUGCUGCCAUUAUUGCAUCUGUGUAGAGGAGAGGGUUGUUUGAAAGCACACAUGAACCUUUCGUCGAGGUGAGGUGCCACAAUGGAACAAAUGAAGACUUAAGCAGAUUUAGCCGGAUGUCUUAGCAGCCUUUCACCUACCUCUCACAAUAACUGAGACAAUAACCAUAAGUAUCUUGAUUAAAAAAAAUCCCUUUUUAACCCUUUAUCGCUCUCCUUGAGAAAAUUGUGGGUAAAAAAUUGUUGAAUUUUUUUUCAGGAUUUAGGCCUCUGUAUCAUAUUUAUGGGGAAAAUGUCAGAUUGUAUGUUAAACCUUUUUUUUUUUUAAAUAGUUUUGACAUUUCUAUAAAAAUAUCUGUGAUCAUUCACUAUUUUAUGACAGUUGUGAUGAGUUCAGAAAUGGCUUCAGAAGCAUGUUGUCCUACUGAGGACUCCAGAACACAUGGAGGAUUGCUUCUGGUGCUUGUGGUGUGUAGUGGGUGAACCAGUGCUGUCUCGCUUCCUUUCUUAGUGGGUGUUAUUGUACAAAAACUCGUUUUGACUUGUAAAAAUAACUUGCAUUUAAUUUUCUGAUGUUUUGGUGUGGCACAUUGGUAACAUUGUUUUUUUGUUGUUGUUUUUUUUUAAGUGUCCUUACGCUGGCCUGCUCUCAGUUGAUGGGAUGAAGUAUUUUUAUUGAUGUUUCAACACUGGAUUUUAAUAAGGAAAAGAGACUACUGUUUAAUCACUGUCAAAUGUUUUUUUCUUUGUUUUAGUUUUUUUGUUCAAAUAAAAGAUUACAUAAUCAA